AUGCAGAAACGCGAUAGAGAUGAUAGGCUCAGCUCACUGCCUGACGACAUUCUUGUCAACAUUCUUGACCGGCUCAAUGCCCGCGAUGCCGGAAGAACCAGCGUCAUCUCCAGGCGGUGGAGUCAGCUCUUAGCCAAGCUCUCUCAACUGAUAAUAAAUGCUCAGGACUUCCUGCCCGAGGGCUUGUCAAGCGACAACAUGUCUGGUGACGACUUGGUUCGGGUGAAUGCUGCUGCUGUUGAAGCGACAAAGAGCCUGCUGACACGCAGAAAUCCAGGUGAACACACCAUCUGCCGCUUGUCUACCACGUUCUACUUGGAAGAUGAUGCCCCCAUAUCCAUUGGGCAUGCUGUUGGCAAUGCCAUGUCGACACACAAGAUUGAGAAGGCCGAAUUCACAGUUUUGACAGAGAAGGAUGAUGAGCUGAGCUACGGGCCACGGUUCGUGUUAUUUUUUAAUGAGUGCCUGCAUGCAUUUACUGGUCUAACAAGCCUCCACCUGGAGAAUUUGAUGUUUGCUGAAUCUGGCUUCGUCUCAAACAUCCUCGGCACUUGCAAGCAAUUACAACAUUUAGAUUUUACCAAUUGCGAGACAGAGAGUUGGAUGAUCCUCCAAGUUGAGCAUGCACAACUCACUACUCUUAGUUUUAUCGAUUGCUGUAUGGGCAAAGUCGAACUCAAGUGGCUCCCAAGACUCACCAGGAUAAAUUUCGAGUGGUUGAUGUGCUUCAAAGAACUACCACUAUCAUUUGUUCAUGUCCCAUUGCUCGAGGUUGUGAGCCUUACAAAUAUUGCUCUCAGAUGGCACAAAUUGAUCAAGUUAAGCACGUUACUUUUUGAAACCUCUGUACGAGACCUGCGCUUGGACUUCAAAUGUGAAAAGAUUUGGGUUCAGCCAGAGUGUCUGACCAAAAGGUUGUCAUCUGUGUUCCACCGACUAAGUAUUGUCAAUCUAGUUAGUAUUCCUGAAGGAUAUGAUCUCACAUGGACAAUGUUCAUUCUGGAAGCCGCACCAUCCCUGGAGGAGUUCUACAUGAAGGUACUGGAUCACCCAUGUGAAAUGGAAAUGAAUAAGAAGAAGAGGAGGAAAGGCUUGUAUAGCGAGAAGAAGGGCGUAGAGUGGGAAUCACCUACAUCAAAUUUCAAGCACUACCGUCUUACCAAGCUCAUCAUCUUCUGCUUUGAGUCUUGCAUGGUUAGUCAUGUCAGGCACGUCAUGAAAGCAGCGGUGAAUCUCAAGGAUGUGUACAUGUAUAGUAGACUGGGAUGUAUGGAUUGCGUAGACCUGAAACCUCUGAAGCCGUCUACUUUUCCGUGGUCAAUAAAAAAAAGAGCUUCAACGAAGAAGUUAAUUACCCAGGGCAUCGAGUCACAUGCCAGGAUUCACUUCCCGCACUCUGCUGAAAUGAGCGAUGAUCAUGCUGCAAGGUUAUAAAGUACUCUCUUUGUUAAAGACUGUUUGUGUGCCUGAGAAGAUAGCCCCAGGCUUUUCAGGAAGCUUGUUCAAUAAAACAGUCCAAUCUGCAUAAUGUUUGUAUUCUAUGACUCAUGGCAGGUUUUCUUGUAUAAUCAAAACCACUUGAAAGUAAUUGUGGCACAGUUGCAAAUCA